GGUCAGCGUACGUGCGCCCACGGCCGCGCCGCUGAUGACGUCAUUCUCCUGGACCAAGAAGGACCAAUAGACAUCGAGAUUCUUAGACAAUGCGGAAGCGCUCUCUGUCUAAACAUCCGUAGUGUCAUGGCGCACAGUUUCACCCCUUUAGUUAGUUGUCUUAGUACAAAAUUACAAAUGCUUAACCGUGUCAUUCUACCCAGGAUAAUGAAAGUAAAUAUCUGCGGUUUUAAUUACAGACCAGUUCCAAGUUGUGUGCGUUUUUGUACCAAUGUGUUCGUUCGCGAUUCACACGUGCUGGUUAACCCCAGGAGAACGACACUUAACCACACAAUUCAUUCAAGAUCAUUCGCUUCUCUUCCUCCGCCGCCGUCAAAUGACCGUCAGUGGAAAAGAACUGGGCCAGUGACAUGGAAGUCCUUGGCAAUAACAUUUGCUUUCGGUGGGGUGCUGCUCGCAGGAAUGAAAUACAUGAAGAAAGAAAAGGAGAAAAAGAUGGAGCAGGAGAGGAACCGGUCGCUGGGCAGGGCUGCCCUAGGGGGACCUUUCGCUCUCGUGGACCACAACAACAAGCCCCGCAAGAGUGAAGAUUUCUUAGGCCAGUGGCUCCUGAUCUAUUUCGGAUUUACGCACUGCCCUGACGUCUGCCCUGAGGAACUGGAAAAAAUGAUUGAGGUCGUGGAUGAAAUUGAUGCAGUAAAGACUUUGCCAGCCCUCAUCCCCCUUUUUAUAUCAAUCGAUCCGGAACGGGACUCGCCGCAGGCAGUCGCUGCUUAUGUGAAAGAGUUUUCCCCGAAGCUGAUUGGCUUGACUGGAACCAAUGAGCAGGUGGAGAAGGCUUCUCGCGCUUACAGAGUGUACUACAGCCAGGGUCCCAGAGAUGAGGAUAACGAUUACAUAGUGGACCACACUAUAAUCAUGUACCUGGUUGGCCCCGAUGGAGAAUUCUUGGAAUAUUUUGGCCAGAACAAAAAAAGCACAGAGAUUUCCUCUGCCGUCGCAGCACACAUGAGAAAACACAGACUGGCUCAGUAGGCACCGAUCGCCUGAUCACUUCCCAGGGUCCUCAAGCGGGGCGGAGGAACGUCCAUCAUCCAUCAGAACCCGAACUCUGGAUCAGGUGCUUCUGCUUUUCAGUCCCAAAAGAGCAUUUGUCUCUGGAGCGGUUUUAAUAAAUAAGGGAUGUACAGUGAAAUGUUCCAAGAAAGAAAUCUGUUAAUAAGAAAUGAAUGAUAAAAUAUUUGUGCACUUGGU